AUGUUCUUCCUCAAAGAAGAGACCAAGGUGAUCUCGAUGCACCCGUCCUUUUUUGGACCUAACAUGCGGGAAUACCUUAUCACCCGACUCAACGAGGAAGAAGAAGGACGGUGUACGGGUGAUCACUUUGUGAUCUGUGUUAUGGACAUGGUUGAUAUUGGCGAGGGACGAGUGAUGCCCGGCAUCGGACAAGCAGAAUACACCAUCAGAUAUCGCGCGAUCAUUUGGAAGCCAUUCCGUGGCGAGACGGUUGAUGCCAUUGUUACGUCCGUCAAGCCUACGGGUAUCUUCACCCUGGCAGGCCCGUUAUCUGUCUUCAUUGCGCGAAAGAACAUCCCCUCCGAUAUCAAAUGGGAACCCAACACUGUGCCGCCACAAUACACUGACCACGCCGAUCAAGUGAUUGAAAAAGGAACCAGUCUGCGUCUUAAGAUUCUUGGUGUCAAGCCUGACGUAGCUGCUAUCAACGCCAUUGGCACUAUCAAGGAGGAUUAUCUUGGGUAUGUUGCUUACUUUCUCCCCCAGCAGACACCUACUGACUUGGGAUUUUCUCCAGACCUUUGUAAUGAGACACGAGUUGCACAACAUACCCACCCUUUUCAAUCGAUUCAUCCAUACGAUCAUGUCGAUGCCCUUUACUAUUCCCGACACAGCGAGUGCCUGGGAGGGCAUUUUGCCUCGAAAGAUCAAACGACCAGCCAGGCGCUGGGAGCUGGGAGCUGGGGGAGCUCAGGCCCUGUUCGGUACAUAUGCCAUUGGUUCUAG